ACGGCCCUCCUCUCUCUCUCUGCUGCUAAACACCGAGAGGCGCGCUGAGGCUGCGGAGCGGAUCCGCGGAUUCUUCUUCUCCAGAUAACCCCGCCGGCCCCUCACAUCACGUGCCGGGGAAGUGGAUCGGGCAAAUAGUUUUUGGAGGGCAGCGUUCCAUGUAAGUUAUGUCGCAAUCCACCGAGAUGGAGGGAACUGGUAACACCGACGCCACCGGACCGCACAAUCCUCGAUCAAGAAAGCUGAGGUCGCUCGUCUGGAAUGAUUUCACCAAGGAGCGGAAGGCCGACGGUAGUUUCGUCGCCAUCUGCAAUCACUGCAAGAAGCAGCUGACUGCGAGCAGUCGGAGCGGGACCACGCAUCUGAAGAACCAUCUGGGAAUUUGUAUGUCCAGCAAGCGAAUAAAGAGGAAGAAGCUGGUCGUCCGGCGGCUGGUCCUUAAGUCGACCGAUGCGAAGAAUGACGGCGCCCCGGGUCUGGAGCACCCUCAGUAUGACCAAGAAUUGAGUCGGCAGGAUCUUGCCCGCAUGAUCGUUCUGCAUGGCUAUCCUUUCUCCAUCGUUCAUCACGUCGGCUUCAGAACGUUUGUGAGAAACCUUCAGCCGCAGUUUAAGUUGCCGUCUUAUGACGCGGUGAAAGCAGAGUGCAUGAAGAUCUACGAGAAUGCGAGGCUUAGGCUGCAUGAGUCGCUUGACAAGCUUCUUUGUCGAGUGAGUCUUACGGUUGACAUGUGGAGAUCGGGCGAGGGUCUGGAAUAUGUCUGCAUGACGGGCCACUAUGUGGAUGAUGAGGGGAAGCUUAAGAAGAAGAUUCUCAACUUUGUACCCAUUGAAGCUCCAUUGACUGGGGAAGAAAUUAGUAAAUCCAUUGCGGAGAAGCUGCGAGUGUGGAAUAUUGAUAGAAAAUUAGGUAGCAUAGUCUUAGAUAGUUGUAGCACCAGUGAUAUAGUGACAAGAGAGCUGCUCAAAUCUCUUCGGCCAAAAGGUUUCCUUCUUUCUAAUGGUGAUCUAUUCUGUGUGCAUUCCUGUGCACAUGUUCUGAAUCUCAUGGUCCAAGAAAGUAUGGAACUGGCACGCGAGGUAACUGAUAGAGUCCGGAAUAGUGUGCAAUAUGUGAAAUCCUCACAGGAAAGAAGCAUAAAAUUUCAGAAGGCAGCAAAGCAAGUGGGAGCCCCAGAGAAGCCAUUAGUUCUUGAUGAUCCAACUAGCUGGGUCUCUACUUAUUUGAUGCUUGAAACUGCAUGCCAAUAUCAAGAUGCUUUCCCUUGUCUGGCAGAAUGGGAUACUGAUUUCACAGACUUUCUAUCUUCCAAGGCCUGGACUGAUGCUAAAGCUGUCACUGAAUGUCUGGAGGUGCUGUACCAUGUUAUAGAGAAGUUCUCAGCCACGAGAGUUCCAACUGCCAAUCUUUAUUUCAAUGAUAUAUGUGGUAUUCAUUUGCUCAUGAAGACCUGGUGCAUGAGCCCACAUUCCAUUGUUGCGUCAAUGGCUGCGCAAAUGCUUGAGAAAUUUGAACAAUAUUGGGACUUGACUCGAAUAAUAAUGGCAAUUGCUUCUAUUUUAGAUCCUAGAUACAAGAUGAAGUCUAUCGAGUACUACUUCAAGCUGAUCUAUAGCGAUCCAUAUGAAGCCAAGGCAAGGAUUGAUAAUAUUCGUAACUGUUUUAUAAAUCUUUACAAUGAAUAUGCAGUUCAAUCAGCUAAUUCUUCGAAAAAUCAAGCACUCCUCUGCUAUGUAGGAAAUACUAGUGGCUACACUAGUUCUGAGAGUGGAACUGGGGGAGAAUCUAAAACAUCCUAUCGCAUUACACUAUCUGAUACACGUCGAGGACUUGAUCAGUAUCUUCAAGAGACAUCAUCAAGUCAACCAUCAAAAUCUGACAUGGAUAUGUACUUGGAGGAAUCUGUUCAUCCCUCGAAAGAAGGUCUCGAUGAUAAUUUUAACAUCUUAGCUUGGUGGAAGUUUAAUGCAGCAAAAUAUCCUGUCCUUUCUAUAAUGGCCCGUGAUAUUUUGGCGAUUCCUGUGUCAAUUGUUCCAUUAGACAGUGAAGCUAGAACGCUCAAUCAGUAUCUGAGUCCCAUGGACCCAAUGAUUGUACAAGGCAUUAUAUGUGCGCAGGAUUGGCUAAAAGAUGAAAUUGAAGCAUCACCAACUGUCGGACCAAUGGAUGCCCUUGCACUUGUUUCUGCAGCCGCUGGCUUGGAGGGUGAUGAUGAGUGCAUGAUGCCACCUAAUGGAGAUGAAUUUUCUCCACUAUCAAAAUAGGAAGACCGGAAAGCCUACUUCGCUCAUCAAGUCAAGCUGAAAAACGUGAUAGACGUGACACACAUACGGCUUGGGUUGGCACUCAUUAUAUUAUUCAUUUAUGGUUCACUGGUUUUUAGUCUUUGUUCUUAUAUUUGCAGUAUCUUUAAUGUAUGUUAAUUUGUUGCUGCCUCAUCCCUCAGCAUGUUCACAUCUUUUUUUUUUACUCUUUACAGUCUAAGUUAGUGGAUUUAAGUAUAUGAUUGACCAUAGAGCUGGUUAAAUGUUGCUGAUUAAAAAAAAAAGAUUGUGAACAAAUGUAUUAACAGUUCUGUAUGCUUCCUUGUCAUUGGACCAUGGUCAGCAAGCUUCUUUUCUCAUGGAAAUCAUAGAGUAUCCUUUUUAUUUUGAAAAGGACUAAUGAACAAGAAUGCAAUUUCAGCCUUCA